AUGGCCCCACAAGAGGAUACGCCCAACCAGCGGCAAAGGCCGCAGCCUGUGACCAAUAAUCCCAGCACCUUGGUACAGGUACAACCCCCGUCUCCACAGCUUCCUCGGCUUCAGUCGCGUAUGUCCACCGCCACCAUAUUGAGUGGGACUCAUCAGCCACAUGACCACACCGUGAUCCACGCACCCUCCAGGGGUUUGUUGAAUGCCGCAUUCAGCCAGUCCAUUAGAUCCCCAAUUAUACCCAAAACACCGGCAACUUCGAACUUGAAUGUUGAUUCUUACUUUGGCUACGGUGCCACGACUGAACCGCAUGUUUCGAUAGUAGCUCAGCCAAAUAGAGACCUGUCACCUUCGAGACCAUCGCUUAGAGCGUCCAGAAGCAAUGGACUGUUUCAGCUGGUAUCUCGUAGUCAACUUUCCUCAGAUCAGCAGAGUCUUGCAUCCACAAUUGGCCUUGGUCUGGGUGCUAGUGUCGCGGCACCAGUCGCUGCACCACUUGGGACGAGGCCCCAACGGAACUUCUAUGACGAUUUCACCACCAUUGAUUGGGUUGACGACUCUAUCAAACAAUCGGAGCGAGAGUCUUUUUUGAAAACAAUGUCGACGAAGUCGUUCAGGUUCCGAAUCAAGUCUGCUCUUGAGCAUGCCGAAGAAUGGAUACUGAUCGUAUUGGUUUCUUUCCUUGGAGCAAUUCUCGCGUUUUGCAUUGAUACCACUGAGAGCACUCUGAUCGAUUUCAAAAGAGGCUACUGUACAGAAAAAUGGCUCUAUGGUGAGAAAGCGUGCUGCUCAGGAAUUGUUUCCAGUGACAUCGGUGGGGCACCUCUUUCGUGCUCCAAGUUCCGCAGAUGGUCCGAACUGUUUGGCGAAGAGGCAGGUUCGUCGCAGGCGUGGUUUUCGUUUGGAAUAUACACUGCUCUGUCCCUGAUUCUAGCGUAUUUUGCUGUGGUUAUAACUCUUACAACGAAGUCCCACAACCCACUGGUGCAGACUUCAGACCAAAAGGUCAGUGGUACCUCAAAGGAUGAGAAAACCAGGACCCAGGACUCCAAGGUUUUCUACACAGCAUAUGGCUCUGGUGUUCCUGAAGUAAAGACAAUUCUCUCUGGUUUUGUGAUCAGAAAAUUCCUUGGAACCCACACUUUGGUGUGCAAAUCGGGGGCCCUCAUCCUGGCAAUAGCCUCUGGCCUAUGCGUUGGUAAAGAAGGGCCGUACGUUCAUCUUGCUACGUGUAUAGGCAAUAUUUGCUGCCGUCUCUUCAACCGUAUCAACGACAAUGAUCUCCUCAAAAGACAGGUACUUGCCGCUUCAGCGGCAGCAGGUGUGGCCCUUGCCUUCGGAAGUCCUUUAGGUGCCGUACUUUUUGUCAUUGAGGAGGUGAGCUACUAUUUGCCUACGCAUCAGCUGCUUCAUAUCUUCUUUUGUGCGAUCAUGAGCAUUCUGUUCCUCAAGUUUUUGGAUCCCUAUAAAACUGGCAAGCCGGUGCUUUUUGAACUCAGUUACGAGUCUGAUUGGCUUCCCUUGGAACUUGCCUUUUUCAUCUUUAUUGGGAUUGCAGGAGGAAUCUUUGGGGCUUUCUUCUGUAAGUUUACACAGUUUUGGGGCUCGUGGUUCAGGACCAAAAAGUUCAUCAAGAACCAGCCAAUAAAGGAGGUGUUACUCAUAACCCUUCUUACAGCCAGUGUCACUUAUUUCAACAAAUACACGCGAAGCCCGGUUCCCGAGUUGCUUUUGCAGCUUUCAACCUCUUGCACGAAGAAGAACAACUGUCAUCUGCUUAGCCUGGAUGGGCCCAAGUGGUUCAUAAGUUUUGCUGCUGUUGAGGAGGACAUAUACAGUUUGGCGUAUGCCUUGGUGAUCAAGGUGGUCCUCACGAGUCUGACAUUUGGAUUGAAGAUUCCCAUUGGUGUGUAUGUUCCUUCCAUGGCCAUUGGUGCCCUAUUUGGCAGACUUUUUGCAACAAUUCUUCAGUAUAUCUGUCUCACCAAUCCCUAUGUGGCUUCUUUCUUCGAUAGGGGUAUUGCUGGUGAUGCUGUUCCCGUCGUGGAUCUUGGAAUUUAUGCAAUGAUAGGCGCUGGUGCUUUCAUGGCUGGUGUGACUAGAAUGAAUGUGACUCUAGCCACCAUUUUGUUUGAGCUCACGUCUUCCUACACCUACGUUCUGCCUAUCUCCAUCUCGAUUGCUGCUGCCAACUGGAUAGCGUAUAUCAUUGAGCCCAGGUCAUUGUAUGAGGUCCUUAUCUGGAACAAUGAUUUCCCUUUUCUGGAUAACAGAAGAGUGCCAACUUUUGAGGAUCCUCAGACACUUGAACAAGUCCUGGACCUAUCCGGAGAGUUCAUUCAGGACUCCAUUGUACAUGUUGAAAUGUCACCUUUCAUCACUGCUUCAAGCUUGAGAGCUCUUCUCAACAAACUUCAGCAGAACUCUUUGCUUGAUGGCUGCGUUUCUGUGGUGAAAAAUAAGACCAGGCUAAUAGGCCUAAUAUCUCUGCCAAAAUUGGAGCUUCAGCUGGAUAAGAUUGAUAGGUUUGCUGAGGAAUACAACAUUGAUGAUGACAUCUUUGUGAAACUGGAGCCCAAAUUGGAAGAUUAUGACGAUGAGCACCAAAGUGAUGAGCUGUAUUCUGUCGCAUCUCAACAGACAGUUCCAGAAGUGGAGCUGGCCGUUCAUGUGUUGAACGAGCUGACGGAUUUCUCCAAGAUCAUGGAGACCACGCCGUUGUUCUUGGAGAUCAGUUCGCCUCUAGCUCUGGUCCAACUGGUGUUUGCAAAGCUUGGAAAUAGAGAGAUAUGUGUCCUGGAUAAAGGCGACUUUGUGGGUACUUUGCACAAGAAGAUAUUCAUUGAUUACUGUCGAAAGCUGAAGACCGGUUCUAGCUGA